AUGCGUUUCUGCUGGAAACUAGCUGAACUGUCUUCUCUUGGCUUCAUCCUGUCCGCAUGGUUGUACGUCUGGCCAGAAUGGAGAAACGAAGUGAUUGCUGUGGACUGGAAAGGGCUUCGAGAUGUGGACCAGAUCAAUAUGGACAGCACCAGCUCGCUACACGGCAGCAGCAUUCACCGGCCCUCCACGGAGCAAACACGGACAGAUUUCUCUUGGGAUGGCAUUAAUCUCUCUAUGGAAGACACAACCUCCAUCCUUCCCAAGUUGAAGCGAAACUCCAACGCAUAUGGGAUUGGAGCCCUUGCUAAGUCCUCUUUCUCUGGGAUGUCUCGCAGCAUGAAGGACCACGUCACCAAACCCACCGCCAUGGGGCAAGGUCGCGUGGCUCACAUGAUCGAGUGGCAGGGCUGGGGCCAAGGCAACACCCAGCAGCAGCACCACACCCACGAAACCAUCCGCAAGGAUGCCGAUGCCUACUCUGACCUGAGUGAUGGUGAGAAGGAGGCCCGAUUCCUUGCAGGGGUGAUGCAGCAAUUUGCUAUCUCAGAAGCCACCCUCAUGGCUUGGUCUUCCAUGGACGGUGAGGACGUCAGUGUCAACUCCACUCAGGAGAACCAGGCUGGCAACUACAGAGAGAACUACCAAGAGAUGAUGGAGAACCAAGAUCACCUGAACCAGGCACAGUACGACAGCUGGCCCCAUUCCUAUGUCUCCCAAGGCAUGUAUUGUCUGGGCUCCUCCGAUGCCUGGGAGACGAAUGACCAGUCCCUCAUCGCUUCCCCAGCCGCCAGCUCUUACGUUGGCCAGAACUUUGAAGAAUCCCAGCCCAACCUUCAGGAGAGCGUUCUGAUCCAGAACAACCUUAUCCAGCAGCAGCAGUUGCUGCAGCACCACCAGCAGCAGCAGCAGCUACAGCAGCUACAACAGCAGCAGCAGCAGCAGCAGGCGCUGCUCCCAAAUACAGGCCUAGUGGAUGUUUGGCCUGCUCAGACAGUUCCUAGCAGUGGCGGCGACAGUGCAGAAUCCAGUACCUUAGUCGGCGUUCACACGGAGGAGGAAGGGAACCCCUUGCUGGAGAAAGCCCCGCUAUUGAACAAGAAGCCCUCGCCAGAGGAGGACGAUGUGGUGUGUCGGGACCUGGAAUCCCUUUCCCCUCGGGAGGAGCCGGAGCCCGCUGCCCUCAGCCGCAAGGUCUCGGACGUUACGUCGUCUGGGGUGCAGUCUUUCGACGAGGAGGAAGGCGAAGCCAACAAUUGACACUGUCACGGAGAACCCCUUUGCCAUUAUGCAUGGGAAACACGGGUGGGGGGGGAGUGAUAGGGAAGCCCCUCUCCAGCUCCUCAAAUUCCCCAGGCACAUGAGCACACUUGGGGGGUUUGUGUUUUUUUUUUUUUCUUUUCCCUUUUUCUUUCACAGAAAGGGUAAUCCAAGGACCGAAAUUUCGGGGCAACGCCAAACCGCCGUCUCGUCUUGCACAGGUUGGACUGAAGACUUGAGACCUUGGAUGGGGUGGGCACAGGAAGCUCAGGGAAUGGACAUCCUUUGACUUUGGAGGCAGGUUGCGCUGGGAAGCAGGGCUGCUGCACUUGGGAUGCAAAUUUAGUCUUAAUGUGGCAACGGCGAGCACGUUGCUGCAACCUGCAUUGGGACCCAAGGCCUUCUGUGGAUGGAGGCAGACGUUUUGGGCUGGGAGCGCGGCUUGGCAGUAGUGAGAAUGUGUGGCUUUGCGGGCACAUGUACGUCCAAAAUGGUCGCCCCGAGCCUAUUUGCCAAGUCUACUUUUUGGAAGUGAGGCGGUCUUUGAAAGGGAGCUCUGCUCUUAAGGCCCUGCGUACCAGGAUGGGGAAGGGAGUGACUUUGGGGAUAAGUACACCAGAACGGGAGGUGGAUACCAACUGUCUGGCGGCGUGGACUGAGCCACUUGGCGAGUCCGGUUGUAACCUCGCUCUGCAGCAUUGAUUCUCUGGGGAGAUUCCCCGUAUGCGCUUUUUAAUCAUCUCCACCUGCCUGGGAGCUGGAGAGUGGUUU